AUGCUAUACUUCCUCCACCACCCCGCCGGCCCCGUUGUAAUCCGCACCACAAACCCCUACAUCGUCCUCUCCUAUCAGCGCAACGCCUGGCACACCACAACCUCCUGGCCCGAAGUCCUGGAAGACCACCCGGAAUGGUCUUCACCCUCUCCAAACAUCCUGCCCACCAGCACGCUUUGCUCGAGAAUUUUUAACGCAAUGAGAACGAGUCUGGCCAUGGUGCCCGGGGGCGGUGUGUACGGGGGAGAGGCCGAUGAGGAUGAGGUAGAUGAGGUGACAAGUAAUGCUGGGCCUGUGCAUUUCCUAACUGCAGUUACGAGGAGUAGGUAUCAUGAGUUGGGACUUGCGACGCCGGAUGAGAAAUGGAUAACUUGUAUCGAAGGGGACGAGGUGUAUGACUAUCGGUUAGAGCAGGGGAUUUGGGAAUUGGAUGUGGUACCGGAAUAUGCUGUGGAGGCGUAG